AUGUUCAAUGCGCAUUACCUCGGUCUAAUGCGCGAUACAUGGAACGCCCUCAAGAAAGAAAAUCGUUCUAACGUUCCCUAUCUACAGCCGGAGUCUUCACGUCUAUUAGACGAUGACCCUUAUCAAGCGGGUUAUGGCUAUGGGGCCCUCAAUCACGCCCAACAAGCAAACCAGCCGGAUCCGGAGUACAGUAAGCUGGCCUAUUUGAAGGAACAGCCUAUCCAAUGGCUCGUCUUUGGGAAUAUUGAAGAACGUAUGUCGCUAAUACUUCCGGUCUCCAGCUCCGUCAUCGAUAUCUGGUCGCUCCAGCCACAACCCCAUCUCCAACCCCAAGCGACUCUUCACACCUCAGCCUCAGCGUCGCCUUCUCCUAACCCGGAUGAAUCGCAUCUUACAGUUACCUCGGAUCAUGGUUCCCACACAAGUCGCCCAACAUCCGAGGGCACCGUCCCCAAGCACUGGGGCGAAGUCGUCGUCAACCCCAAGCGAUCCCGAUCGGAUAUCAAAGCUGAGGCGAAUGGGGCCCGAGAUGUCUUCGGGGUCUUGAAGGUCAACUAA